AUGAGAGCCUCGACUCUCACCGUCAGCCUUGCAUCGGUAGUCGUGCUGCUGUCGUCCGUCCAGGUCAUCGCGGCCGGUGCCGAUGCCGGCAAACCAGGACAGCGCACCAAAGUCCAGCGGUCUCCUGCUGUUUUUAGCUUCAAUAACAACGCUAGGAGCCCCCAGGAUCCCAAUGUAUUCGUAAGCUACGACUAUGGAUACUCGUAUCCUCCGUCUCCGCCGACCACGUACGCUGAGCAGCUGUCGUCGACCGCGACUUCUCUUGCCUCCGGCAGCGAAGCGUCUUACACCAAGAACAUCUCAGUUGCUAGCAUCACCGGUACUCCGGGCGUCUCUGGUUCUGCCACGACCGGCUCUACCGACUCUUCUGGAGCUACCGUCACUGUCUCUAAUACUGUCAUUGUCUAUUACCCUAACUCAACCAAUGGAGGACUCUCCAUCUCGAGCGGUAGCUCCUUCAUCACAUUGACUGAGUCGCUCAGUACAGUCACCUCGGGAACUUGGUCAUCGUCCGCGACGAUUUCUACUCUUUGGCCCCCUGCCAACACCUCGUCCUCGUCUUCAAGCUCGGCUGCCAGUGUUUCAACUGGUUCUGUGACUGGAAAUACCCCUGCUACCACUAGCCAGUCCACCACAAUUACCUCUUCAUCAGUGGUGGAUGAGCCACCGGUGUCGAGGCCUCCACCGCCAGGACCGUCAAGCAGUCUAACCAUCCCAGCAACUUCAAGCGGACUCAACCAGACAACUUCUCUCAUACGGGACCCAAGUCAGUCAAUCUCGUCUGCAAACUCUUUUGGGACCCUCGCCACGAGUACCGACAUCACUUUCACUAUCAGUAGCGCCUUUUCGAGCAGUAGCAUCAUUCUGUCAACUGUCGGUUCAGUCACUGUGUCACUGACCGUAACCCAGCCAGUCCCAUCAUCGAUGGAUACCGAAUCUGGUACCCUUGCUAGCAUCACUGAGACAGAAGCCUCCCAUACUUCUUUUGAAGUAUCACGGAAUAUCUACGACUACCACUGUGAACUCCUCCAGCAUCGAUACUGUUUCGACAGCGUCCAUUGUACUCACUGGGUCGAGCCAGACGAUGCCCGUUUCGCAAAACACGUCGGCAUCAGUCUCUUCAACUCGGUUGCCACCUUUGAUUUCCAAUUCAUUGGCGCAAACAUUGCCGGGCACUGGUUCUACCACCCCAUCUUUCUCUGGUGUAACGUCGACCGGAACUUUCACUUUGCCAGCCACGGUCUUUCCCAGUCGGCCUGGAACAAUGACGCAGCCCGUGGAAACGCCGUGGUCGACAUGGAACUCCACUAUGCUCACUGCGCCAAUUCCAUCCACGUUACUGUCACGAAGCCUUCCCGGAAACCUGACUUCUCUUCCGAUCACCUCAAUUCAUACAUCUUGGUCCUCAGGCCAGACGGAAACACUAGCCCCUUCAACCGGCUUCAACACAUCCCUGGUUCAAUCAACUCGGAUACUUACCGCAUCCAACACGACUUUCAUUGUUGUUGGAACUGCAUCCAUUGUCUCCAGUGCAACUCGCAAGGAUACCCACCUAAUUCAACUUCGUCGCUGCCCUCUUCCUCAACCCCUUCGGUCCCCGCGAGCUCAGUUGAAGCAGACCCAACUGUCCUAAUAACUCUCAGCUCCAAUGGAUUGAUCAUCGUGUCAACGCUCACCCGUACUCCACAGGCCACAUCGGGGUGGAAUAGUACAGCACAGAGUCCCACUGCAAUUGGCAGUCAGACAACUAUCGGUACGGGUGUGUCUAUCGCUACACUAACAGAAUCGUGGGCUCCGGACGCUUCCAGCUCGCACUCAGCUUUCAUUAGCUCAUCAACACCGGCGCAGACAACCGAAAUCACUUCAUCCGCUUGGAACAAUACGUGGAAAAUCACGUCUACGUCGUCCGGGAUCUCAAGCCUGCCAACACUAUUCCCAACCACUGGUGCUGCAACUGCAGGAAGCAGUACGUCGAAUGGCUUGCAAAGCCCUGCUUUCAGCUCCUCGACAACCUCAACGACUACUUGGAAUGCAUCAGAUACACCGACCUUCACUUCGAUCAGUGUUGCGAUAUCUUCUCCCAUUUCUUUACCAGUCACAUCGGGCUCGCAAACGGCCAUGCCGUUUCCUUUGCCAAACUCAACUAUCGUUACUACCCACCAAGCGACGGUGUUUGCUACGACGAUGUUUGGAACAGGAUCUGCUACAAUGGCUCCAAGCGGAACGGAUAGUGCACCGUGGUCAACAUCGAAGAUGACGAGCAGCGUCUUCGCCAGUGGGAUCAAUUCAACACUUCUGGGCACCGGGAAUCCGACGCCUUGGUCUAUACCCAACACAAUUAGUGUUAGCUUGACAGGAACCGGAUUCCCGAGCUCCCACACUCUCACUGGGUUGCCGUUGUCGAAUGCUUCCUCCCUCGGUCCAUCGGUAACUACCGUCAAUGCAACCGGUUCCGUCGUUACUUUUGGAACAUCGGAUCCUUUGACGAUAACCAGGGUCAUCGGUGGCUCGGUAUCAUCCCAUGUCGUCACAGUGGUCUUGCCCACGUCGACUCUUGUCAUAACAGGAACGGGUUCUUUUAUUAGAACGAGCAUCAUCGUCACUUCUGUGCCUCCUUUCCCUGCCAACUCGACAUUUUGGCCGAUUGGUACCAUUGGCUCUGUCAGUGAAGCACCGUCCGCAACAGAACCCCUUCCCUCGACGUCCAACAGGUCCAGUGUUACAGUCACUUAUCCUGCACUGAACAUCACUUCGUCGAUUCGACCUCCGGCAACAGCUACACUCAGCAGUACCAGUCUCACGGCUCCACGGAACUCAACAUUUAGGAUUACAUCCACAGCGGACCCUUCAAAUCCGCCUGCAGCGAGCACAGUAGCUACCACAUCGGCAUGGAACAGCUCUUGGACCUUGUCGCUAAUCAGUGUCCCCGUCACCAUGCCCACCACUCCACAGCUGCCUAACUCAACGUGGACUGCAAGUGCUAACGCCACUUGGACAGCGACCAAUCUCUCCAGCGACCCAUCGACCUCAAACAGGAUGUCUCUUUCAAAACAAACUUCUGUCAGCUUGCCUCCUUGGCCAGUCUCUAAUUCCACAACUUCAAUUUGGGCGACAGGAUCAGUCAUAUCGUCAACAGAUACCGUCACAUCAGGGACUGCGUCCUCGACUUCUACCCCCAUCUUCCCGCCAUGGCCUACACACAACUCCACGACGGCCUCGAUCACAGGCACAUUAUCAAUCCCUGUCAUUCCCUCGUCUGUGAUCGUUGGAACAGACAUCACCAAGUCGGUUUCGACAUCGUUCCCUUGGACCAACGUGACCUCCAGGCCCUCAACAGGUGUCUUGACUGCAUCUGUCAUUAUUGUGACUGGAGGAGUAACAAUCACUUUGCAGCCAACAGGGACGUCCCUAAUCAGCAUCACCGCUGUUCCGUCGUUGACCAUUAAUGGUACGGUUCUGCAGACCUUAACUGCAAACGGAACCUUUUCUCACACAUCUGCCAAGGCUUCCAGAACUCUGGCGUCACCUUUCCCUACUGGAAACUUGACUCUGAUACCUGGGCCCACAGGAAUCAGCACCUCAAGUAUUCCACUUUCCGCUGCGAUGUCAGAGACCGGAGGAAUCACAGUCAGCUCAUCUCUUUCAACCAUCCUGCCGCCAUUUCCAACUGCAAACUCUACACGCAUGGGAACCCUCACAAUAUCUAACAGCGCUUUUACUCUUAUCUCGACACUAACGGGGUUUCCCAGCACGUUGUUCGGCAGUGUCACCGGUCCGCCUGCUUCCCCCACACUGCCACCUUUCCCAACUACAAACUCAACACUGAUGUCCGGUCCGACAGGAAGCGGCACUGCGGUAUCACCUACUGCUUCAGGAACAGUAUUUCAAACCAGAGAGCCCGUUGAAACUCCCACCGGCGCUCCUUUAAUCACGAUCCCGCCGUCAUUUCCAACGGGACAUUCCACAGUUAUUCCAGGACCGACAGUCAACGUGUCCACUACUGCGUCGGGCUCUGUUGUUUCCAAUCUUACAAUUACUAGGUCUAAUGGGAGUAUUACUGAGAUCGUCACGAUCAUCCCCUCUUCGGUCAUAUCCCCGCCGUUUCCAACCUCCAAUGGCACCGUGGGUCAAAGCCCAACAGGCACACUCGUUGGUACGGGGGUCACCAGGACAUCAUCCGGAACAGGUGGCCCAUUCUUCAGUCCCACGGUCAUUAGCUCGACUUGGAGCCAGUGGCUGAACACGACUUCUUCAAGCACGUUGUCUGCCACUGGCGGUUCGACACUUUCAUCUGGCACGAUGUUUGCGACAACUUCGCCCAACGCGAGCGACUCAAGUGUCCUCUCGAGAGCAAUGUCGACCCAAUCCAUCUUUAACAGUACGAUCUCGAGGCUGCCGACGAUUUCUUCGGCUGUAACAGGAAUCCUCACCAACAUCUCCGCAACUGACUCAAAGCCCUUCACAUCUGUGCCUCCGUUUGCCAACUCGACCACCAUUGCUGGUGCAGUUCCAACCACACACCUCACCUGGACGCUCUCAGGAACCAUCUUUCAUUCUGUGUCCAUAUUGCCUGUAUCUACGCCUUCAUCUAUCUCAUCGUCAAUCUCUACUCGAACUCUCUCGGGAACCGCACCAACAGUUCCUACAGAAACAUUCGUUCCUGUUUCCAGAGUCUCUUCGUCUGUCACUGAUUCGCGUCUAGGGCCGCUUCCGUCGUUUACCAUCUCAGACCAGCCAACUAUAACCGAUUCAACAGGCCUUCCAUCUGUCACUUACACUCCUUGCCAUACCGUCACCAUAACCAACGGCACCAUUACUCAAAUUGUUACUAGAAGUGUUCUCAUUACUUCCGCGACGGCUAGCGCUAAUCCGACACUGGUUUAUCCACCUUCUGCGAAUGGUACAAUCUUGUCAGCAAGCACAUCAUGUCCAUCGAAGUGGAAGAACACCACUACUUCGGCAGCUGGAUUCAAGAGCACAUGGACUUCUUUCAUCUUGACCAACCGAACAUCCUCCCCCCCGGGAUCCGUGACUACCUUUAUCACAUCAAAAAUGAGCCGUCUGGGUGAUCCCAACAGAGGAAAUAGUGGGCUUCCUGCUGUGAGCAACUUUGUGGUCGGCACGCCGACGACCACAAUCACUGACGCUCCCUUGCCGUUCAACUCAGCCUACCCUUGGGGGGGUCUUGGCCCGGUUUUCCGGCAUCACGACGAGUCCAGCCCGGAGACGGGCGACGGAUCAGUCAAUAAGCCUAUGGAUCCCAAGGAAAAUGGCGCCUGGUGGGCUCGUUGGAAGAGACACUCCGACCGCCUGUCAUCCCUAAGGGCGAAUAGUGAUAUGUGA